CUCCAUUCCUCUGUACUUCUGUCUCUCGCUCUCUUCUUUCCUCCUCGGCAUCAUGAGUUGCCAUAGCGACGUUUACGCCACGAGCUCCUACCGGAAGUUUUUCGGGGACUCCUCUCGGGUGUCCGCCGCUCCUCCUGCGCCCCGGUCCUCGGCUGGUUACCGGGGUUACGGAGGGGGCGCGUACCGCAGCCGCGUGUCCACCGGCCUGCUGUCAUCCUCACCGGCGGCGGACGCGGCGGAUCUGGCGCACUCAGCGGCCUCGGUGACCGAGCUGAAGAUCGUGCGCACCAACGAGAAGGAGCAGCUGCAGGGCCUCAACGACCGCUUCGCCUCGUUCAUCGAGCGCGUCCGCGAGCUCGAGCAGCACAACCGCGCGCUCGAGGCCGAGGCCGAGUCCCUGCGCCGCAGCCUGGGCUCCGAGCCAGCGCGCCUCCGCGACCUCUACGAGCGCGAGCUGCGCGAGCUCCGCGAGCGCGCCGACCAGCUCGAGCGCGACCGGAGCCGCGCGCAGCUCGAGAACGCGCAACUCGGCGAGGCGCUCGCGCGCGUCCAGGACAAGCUGCGCGAGGAGAGCCGCCUGCGCGAGGAGGCCGAGCGCGAGCUGCAGCACUGCCGCAAGGAGGCGGAGGAGGGGGCGCUGCACGAGCUCGAGCUGCACAAGAGGGUGGAGUCGCUGCUGCACGAGAUCGACUUCGCGCGCAAAGUGCACGAUGAGGAAGUGCGCGAGCUGCAGGCGUCACUGCAAGCCUCCCAGAUUUCUGUGGAGAUGGACAUGAGCAAACCGGAUCUCACUGUGGCUCUGAAGGACAUUCGGGCGCAGUAUGAAGUUUUGUCCUCCAGGAACCAGCAGCAGGCCGAGGACUGGUACCGUUCCAAGUUCGCGGGGGUGACCACGGCGACAACACGUGACACAGGUGCCAUUAAACAGACCAGGGACGAGCUGAGCUCAUGUCGACGCCAGGUCCAGGCACGUACGCUGGAGAUUGAAGCUUUGCGCAAUCACAACGAGGCCCUCGAGCGACAGCUGGCCGAGAUGGAGGAUCGCCACAGCACCGAGAUCGGAGAGUUGCAGGAGACGAUCGCUCAGCUAGAAGACGCUCUGCACAGCACUAAAGGAGAAAUGUCCCGUCACCUGCGCGAAUAUCAGGAGCUACUAAACGUCAAAAUGGCCCUGGACAUCGAGAUCGCCUCCUACAGGAAAUUGCUGGAAAGUGAAGAGUGCCGUCUGGGCAACGUGGGCAUGACCUCUCUUCAUCCCACCUACUCUGCCGUCAACGUGGGCAUUACCUCGAUUCAUCCCACCUACUCUGCCGUCAACGUAGGCACGACCUCGAUUCACCCCACCUACUCUCCCGUUUCCUACUCGGUGGGACGUGCUUACACCCUGGGUUCCUACAUGAGGGGCGUGGCCAAACCUGAGACUGAGGAGGAAGAGGGCGAAAAGGAAGUGGAGGCAAGGGAAGAGGAAGAAGAAGUAGAGGAACAAGAAGGAGGAGGAGAAGAAGAACAAGAAGAAGCAGUUGAGGAGGAAGGAGGAGAGGAAGAGGAGGCAGAAGAGGAGGAGAAGGAGGAGGGAGGAGUAGAGGAUAAAGAAGAGGAAGGUGGUGAAGAAGAAGAAGGAGGAGAAGAAGCAGAACAAGGGGAGGAAGGAGAACAAGGAGAGGAAGGAGAACAAGAAGAGGAAGUAGCCCAGGGUGAGGAAGAGGAGGUGGUUAAGGAAGAGAAGGAAGAGAAGAAGGAACAGGAAGAGGAAAAGACAGAAGUAAAGGAACAGGAAGAGGAGAAGACAGAAGUAAAGGAACAGGAAGAGGAGGAGACGACUGAAGUAAAGGAACAGGAAGAGGAGAAGACAGAAGUAAAGGAAGAGGAGAAGACAGAAGUAAAGGAACAGGAAGAGGAGAAGACAGAAGUAAAGGAACAGGAAGAGGAGAAGACAGAAGUAAAGGAACAGAAAGAGGAAAAGACAGAAGUAAAGAAGCAGGGAGAGGAGAAGACAGAGGUAAAGGAACAGGAAGAGGAUAAGACAGAGGUUAAGGUGCAAGAUGAGAAGAAGACAGAGGUAAAAGAGCAGGUAGAGGAGAAGAAGAAGGACAAGGAGAUGGUGGUAGAGAAAGAGAAAGAGAAGAAGAGCGAAGAGAAGGAAGGAGAUGCUAAGGCUGAGACCAAAACUGAGAGCAAAGCAGAGAAAACCGAAAGCAGUAAAGGAGACCAGAGCAAGUAAAGUCCCGUCCUCUUCACCUGUCCACUUACAGAUACAGACUCUAACCUUAUUUACAUCUCAGUCAAUACAAUGUCGUCUUCAUCUUCAUCAUCCAUUCAGGAAGCAGCCUCCUACAUCUCAUUCUCCAUGCUGACCUCACAGAUCUCCUCAGUAGCUUUACGCAUUUCAUGCACUGACCACUGAAUGUUCAGUAAAGAGCCUUAACGUUUAGGAGUUUGUGGUAUACGGGUUAGAAACUCAGUGCUGGUUUGGGUUGAGAUGUUGAUCUGAUCAACUGGCGUGAUUUUUAAACUUAAUAUGUGGGUGAAAAGUGACUAGGUACAGUGUGCACGUUGCUUCCCGUGAGUCCUAUCAACACAAAAAAAUCUUUAGCUAGCACUCUUUUCAAUACCAGAUCAAUUGACAAAAACACUCAUUGUCAACCAAAACUCAGUAUUGUAUCUGUGAAUGUUUUAAAGUCGUGAGUGAUGAAACACAAAUCAAACUGGACUACGGUGGUAGCCGAUAUUUUAAGAUGACAUUACAGUGAAUAAACAAUGUCAUUUUAAACUAGCUAAAAGUAACAUUAAUAGUGUUCGUUAAAUUGUUAGCCUCAAAGUAUGUACGAGUUGAAUCUCCAAACAAACUAAACAGAAGCAUAUACAGUAUAUUUAUAGUUACAUAUGUUAGAAUGUCUUAAAUUUGGACAUGUCGUACUUAAACACUCAUCCAAAAUUCAAAAGUUCUUCUUUAGGAUGAAAUCACUAGCAUUCAUUUCGUCAGACUGAUUACAUCUAU